AAUUUAAUUGAUACAUUGAAUUUAAAAUGUGUAAAAUGCUGUUAAUAUGUAGUAGCAUUGUGGGAUAUCUAUAUGCAGUUUAUGCAUUGCCACCUCCUUCAUACUUAACCCCGUGUUCAUUAAGUGACCCUAAAUUUAAUGAAUGUGCUCUAAAAAGCGGCAAGGCAGGAAUGACAAUGAUUAUUCAAGGUGAUAAAAAAUAUAACUUACCUUCUUUAAAUCCCUUUAAACUAGACUAUGUGGAAACAGAAGCAGGUUUUAUGAAAAUAAAAUUGUAUAAACCCGAGUUACAUGGAGCUACAAAAACUGAAUUAAAAGAAGUAUAUUAUGACCCAAAAACAAAAAGAAUGGGCUUAUCUGUACUUUUUAAUGAAGAAUCGCUUGUUGGCAAUUAUGAUAUUUCGGGCAAAAUUUUAAUAUUGCCUAUAGAGGGAAAUGGAGAUCUUAAUAUUACAGUUUAUAAUGCAAUAUUUACUUACGAAUUCGAUUUAAUAAAGGAAAUGAAAAAUGGAGUUGAAUACGCUGGUCUCAAAAAUGACAAGUUAGAUAUGAAUCUUGAUAAGAUUUAUAUUAAUUUGGAUAAUCUUUUUAAUGGGGACAAAUUAUUAGGUGACAAUAUUAAUAAAUUCUUAAACGAAAAUUGGAAGGAUGCUCUUAAUGAAGCUGGUGCUCCAAUAAUUGAAGUUCUAAAAAGUAUAUGUUUUAAUGUUUUAUCAACCUUAUUUUUAAAAGUACCUUUUAAUGAACUAUUUUUGCCAUAGGAUAAUAAUUUGCGUGCAAAAAGGUGGUAACUAAGUAAUAACAUUUUAUUAAUAAAUUCUAAGAAUUUGU